CCGACACUGCUGCAGUGCACUGGACGAUUCACGCAGUGCGUGUACGUGUUUUUGAUCGUUAGUUAUUUCCGUUUUUAUUGUCGUUUGUGUUUUUUACCCGUUAUCGACACGUCGGCUGUUAAAGUGCACUGUAGUAGCUGGCACACAGUGGUUCGACGACCAUAAAUUCCGAUACCGCAAACGCCAUACUGCAUGCGCCAGAACGAAGCAAGAACGCCAUUGUAGAUUGCUGCUGCACAACGACGUUAAUACCUUGCAGAUUACCGUCUAUUGAAUCUCAGCAAUGCAUCCUGCAAUGAAGCUGCAGCUGUAGAAAGUCUACGAAUUGACCGAGACGAAGAGCCCUGAAUAAUUGGACCCCCGCGCAAUCGACGUGCUAUACGUGUGACCUGUGGUGUAUAGUGCAACUGCACAUUGCCGGGGUGGGCAGGAGGCAUCUUAAAGAGCAACAAAAAACAACAGUAUAGUUUACAAACAGUUCAUAAACUCCACAGUAGGCUACGAUGGAGGAAGAUACGGAGUACAAGAAGCUACCGAUCGACGAACGCUGCGUCCACAAGCUCUGGAAGGCUCGCGUCGACGGCUACGAGGAAGCAGCGAAACUGUUCCGCACCAUCGACGACGAGAAGUCGCCCGAGUGGAAUAAAUAUCUCGGCCUGAUCAAAAAGUUUGUCGUCGACAGCAAUGCGGCCGCACAGGAGAAAGGCCUCGAGACGGCACUGGUGUUCGUGGAGAACAGUGGCAACGCGGGCAAAACGGUCGGCGAGGUAAUGGGCGGCAUUGUGGGCAAGUGCAUCGGUGCGCCCAAGACCAAAACGAAGGAACUGGCCGUGCAGAUCACGCUGAUGUACGUCGAGAUCGAGCGGCAGGAGACCGUGCUCGAGGAGCUGCUGAAGGGCACGGAGCAGAAAAAUCCCAAAAUAGUGGCCGCCUGUGUCGUCGCGAUUACGCUGGCACUCCGGGAGUUUGGUAACAAGGUGAUCAACAUCAAGCCGAUCGUGAAGCGGCUGCCGGCACUACUGAGCGACCGCGAUAAGACGGUUCGCGACGAAUCGAAAGCGCUUACGGUAGAGAUCUACCGGUGGAUCGGGGCAGCCUUCAAAUCACAGAUCGCUUCGCUGCCAGCCGUGCUGUUGACCGAGCUGGACGCCGAGUUCGAGAAGAUUGGCAGCGAAAAGGCCACACCGGUACGAUACCUCCGGUCGCAACAGGAAAAACAACUACAGAUUGCUGUCGCGCAGAGCGCCGAUGGUAACGAGGGCGAAGAUGAUGGAGACGGUGGCGACGGGGGUGACGCUGGUGAAGAAAUCGAUCCGAUGGAUCUGAUCGAUCCGGUCGACAUACUGUCGAAGCUUCCGAAGGAUUUCUACGAAAAGCUGGAGGCGAAAAAAUGGCAAGAACGCAAGGAAUCGCUGGAGGCGCUCGAAACACUGCUGCAAAACCCAAAAUUACAGCCGGGCGACUACGGAGACGUGGUGCGUGCGCUGAAGAAAGUGAUCACAAAAGACACGAAUGUGGUGCUCGUGGCUCUGGGUGGAAAAUGCUUGGCCAUGCUGGCGAAGGGAUUGGCAAAGAAAUUCAACACAUACGCGGGGGCAUGCGUUCCGGCGAUAUUGGAAAAGUUUAAAGAGAAGAAAAGCAACGUCGUGACGGCACUCCGUGAUGCGAUCGAUGCGAUUUACCCGUCCACCACCAUGGAGGCCAUCCUGGAGGACGUGUUGGAAGCGCUGGGGAAUAAAAAUCCGAGCGUCAAAACCGAAACCGCCUCCUUCCUGGCGCGCUCGUUCACUAAAACCGUUCCGACGGUGCUGACGAAGAAAAUUCUGAAGCCACUGGUGGCGGCACUGCUGAAAACACUCAAUGAGUCCGAUCCGGGCGUGCGGGACGCAUCGGCGGACGCCCUCGGUACAGCGAUGAAGCUCGUGGGCGAAAAAACCAUCGGCCCGUACCUGACCGAAGUAGACGCGCUCAAGAUGGCGAAGAUAAAGGAGUGUUGCGAGCGAGCUGUUAUUACGGUGAAGAUUCCUGCUGCGCGAAAGGAACGGCCUGCCACUGCACCGGCUAAAACGACGACCGGCGGUGCGACGGUAAAGAAAGCUCCGUCGGAGACAAAAAUAGCUCCCGGCGGUACUGCUACCCAGCGUCCGGCGACGGCAACGGUCGUGAAAAAGGUUGUUUCCGGUGGAGGACUUAAAAAAAGUGCAACCGGUGGCUCGCUGGGUGGCUCGAAAGGAGGAGCUGGCUCUAAGGGAGGAGCCGCUGCGCAGUCGGUAGCAAACACGGAAAAGGAUCUCUCCCAGGAGGAGGUGGACGAGCGAGCGAGCGAGCUGUUGCCGGCGGAAGCGGUCGGAGGGCUUGUCGAUGCCAACUGGAAAACGCGCCUCGGGGCGGUAGAAGCAUUCGCUGCGGCCGUACCGGGACUGGAGGCGAAGGCGGGUCUGUCGCAAGUCCUGUUACGCUCGUUGGCCAAAAAACCAGGCCUGAAAGACACCAAUUUUCAGGUGCUGAAGGUAAAACUCGAAACGGUCCGUGUGAUCGUAGAACGAUAUGGUAUCACGACGACCACGGCCGAAUAUCUACUGAUCGACGUGACGGAGAAGCUGGGCGAUGCGAAGAAUGGGUCGAGUGCGGCGGCCGCCCUUACGGCCAUCGCAGAAGGCGGUGCCAGGCUGGACUGGACCGUGCAGCGCGUGAUGGAGUUUGCGUUCGAGCAGCAAAAGUCUCCCAAGGUGCAGCAGGAGGCGCUGGUUUGGGUGUCGACGGCACUGCGCGAGUUCGGGUUCGCGGUCGAGCCGAAGGGCUUGAUCGAGAGUGCCCGAAAGGCGGUUCAAAGCAUCAAUCCGGCCGUGCGCACCGCUGGCAUCACGCUUCUCGGCACGAUGUACCUCUUUAUGGGCCAACCGUUGACAAUGUUCUUCGAUGGGGAGAAACCGGCGCUCAAGCAGCAAAUUAUGGCAGAGUUUGAGAGAUGCGCUGGACAAAAACCACCCGCCCCAACGCGAGGCGCCUCGAAGUCGGCGACCGCUGGAGGAAAUGAUGACGAAGAUGACGAUGGAGGUGGUGGUGGUGGCGGCGAUGAUUCUGCCCCGAUGGUCAACCUGAAUGAUCUGCUCCCACGGGUGGACAUAUCCGGGCAAAUUACGGAAUCGCUACUGGCCGAGCUUUCGGACAAGAAUUGGAAAACGCGCAACGAAGGUUUGAUUAAGCUGCAGACGAUCAUUGCCGAGGCGAAACUGAUCAAGUCCUCGCUGGGGGAUCUCCCGCAAGUGCUUGCCCAGCGCCUUAUCGACAGCAAUGCGAAGAUUGCGCAAACUUCGGUCGAAAUCUGUCAGCAGAUGGCGAUCGCAAUGGGUCCGCCCUGUCGGCAGUACGUUCGGGCGUUUUUCCCCGGCUUCCUCAAGGGCCUCGGUGACGGAAAGAGUUUCAUCCGGAGCGCCUGCCUCGGUUGCAUCAACACUUGGGGUGAACAGGCGGGCUAUAAAGACUUUUUCGACGGUGAAAUGAUCGCGGACGCACUGAAGGCGGGCAGUCCGGCACUGCGGACGGAACUGUACGCGUGGCUGGCGGAGAAACUGCCCGGCCUACCGCCGAAGAGCAUCGCAAAGGACGAGCUGUUGGCGAUGCUCCCGCAUCUGUACACGCACAUCACCGAUCGGAGUGCGGAUGUGCGUAAGAACGCCAACGACGCCAUCUUGGGCGUGAUGAUCCAUCUCGGGUACGACGCGAUGGUGAAGGCGCUCGACAAGCAGAAGCCAAUCUCGCGCAAGGAUAUCCAGGCGGCGCUGGAUAAGGCACGCCCGAGCUUACCCGUUAAGGCCGCACCACCACCGAAGGCGGCUCCGGUGGCGGACGAGGGUGGUGCUGGCAGUAAGCUGAAGCUGAAGGCACCCAAAUCGGCCGGCGCUGGAGGAGGUGCUGGUGGGCGUGCUGGGGCAGCGGGUGGAGCAGCCGGCGCGGACAAGGGUGGUGUGGUGGGUGCGGGCUCUGGCGGUGCUGCCGGUGGUGCCAGUUCGACGUCGCGCAAAAAGGAAGAAGAUGCCGACUCGGCCGCUCCCCUGCUAGCCGUGAAUGGGCUAAAGAAGCAACGGUUCGUCGACGAGCAGAAGCUGAAGGUUCUGAAGUGGUCGUUCACUACACCUCGCGAGGAGUUCCACGAGCUACUGCGGGAACAGAUGCAGACGGCCAACGUGAACAAGGCGCUGAUGGUAAACAUGUUCCACGACGAUUUCCGCUACCAUCUGAAGGUGAUCGAUGCGCUGAUGGAAGACCUAGCCACGAACGAGGAAGCGCUCAUUUGCAACCUGGAUUUGGUGAUGAAGUGGCUUUCGUUGCGCUUCUACGAUACCAACCCGUCGGUGCUGCUGAAGGGCCUGGAGUACCUGAAUCAGGUGUUUCAGCGGCUCGUCGAUCGGCAGUACGUGCUGGCCGACAUCGAGGGCAGCUCGUUCGUGCCCCAUCUGCUGAUCAAGAUCGGCGACCCGAAGGACGUGGUGCGGAACGGUGUGCGAUCGCUGCUGCGCCAGAUCUGCCUGCUCUAUCCGUUCUCGAAGGUGUUCGUGUUCAUCAUGGACGCGCUGAAGUCGAAAAAUGCCCGCCAGCGAGCGGAGUGUCUGGACGAGCUGGGCUACUUGAUCGAAACGUACGGGCUGACCGUCUGCCAACCGUCGCAACCAGUUGCACUGAAGGAGAUCGCACGCCACAUCUCCGAUCGCGACAAUGCGGUGCGCAACGCAGCCCUCAAUGCGGUCGUGCAAGCUUACUUCCUGGCGGGCGAAAAGAUUUACAAACUCAUCGGGCAGCUGUCGGACAAGGAUUUGUCCAUGUUGGACGAACGUAUCAAGCGCUCAAAGCGAACGACUACGAUUCCCCCUGUCGCUGCAGUUCCGGUGGUGGCUUCGAAGAAGCUGGUCGUCCCUGGAGGUGGUGGCCUGAAUGAUACCACGAUCGUCGUCGGUAAGGAGAGUAUCCUACCACCACAGGAUCUAGCAGUCGGUGGUGGUGACACGGGCAUGGACGACGCAAUGGACGACGAUGAUGCAAUUGUACCCUCCCAGGCAGAUCCAACGGCAGUACCCAUGAAAAUCAUAGUGCCAGAACCGGCCCAACCGCGGGUGGCGAAGGGUCCGUUCAAGCUAGACGAGCAGGUGAUAGCGGACAUCGAGCGGAACUGGGUGAAGGCGGACGAUCUGGGCAAAACCGUGCUCAGCCCGAUGGACGAUUCGUUCAUCUACGACGAGCUGAAGGUUAUCGCGGUCAACGGGGUGGCAUACCCGGAAGAGCGCUUCCGUCAGCUGACGCAGCGCUCACAGCUGUCCUCGGGGGCUGCUCCAGGUGCGGGCGAAUCACCGGUGCACCUGCAUCACCAUCGCAACUUGUCUCCCUCCAUUCGCCCGUCGUUGGAUGGCAGUGGGGUCGUUACCAAAGCUAAGCCUUCACCCCCGGUUGGACCAAGUUUGACCGAUGUCCUGCCAAAAACGGAUCAGAAUUUGCUUCGAAUCAUUCGCGGAAUUGCCAACACCGACACGUACGCUGCGCACGCCGCCUUGAACGAGCUGACAGACAUAAUGCAAUCGCCGGAAAAACAGGCUGUCCUAAGGGGCUACGAAGAAAUGUACAUACAGAGCGUGCUGCAACAGUUUAAGAACAUCCAGCAAAAGCCACUUACCGAAUCGAUGACGAUCUAUCAGCCGUUGCUGCACAGUAUCUUCAUGUUUUUCGCCUCGAAAUCACUCGGCAAGCACCUGAAUAUUGUCUCGAUUAAAAAUAUCAUCUCAGUGCUGCUCGGCCUGAUGGCGGACAACCGGCUGGUGACCGGCAUCGAUGACGCGCAGUUCGUGAAGGUGGUAAACGGCAUCUGUCUGAAGAUUCUCGAUCGUACCAACUUCACCUACAUGAACUGCGCCCUCAUUCGCCUGCUGAAGGAAUCCUGCCAGACCAGCUGCUUGCCAAAGUUCACCGAUCUGCAGAUGAAGUGCAUCUGGCGCAACGUAAAGGUCAUCCCGGAUCGGCUCGCCGAGCUCGAUUACGUGGCGGUGCUGCUGGAGGUGCACGACUUCAUGCUAACGCUACCGUCCACCUGGUGGCAGACGCGUCCCUCGGACAUGCCGCUGCGCACGGUGAAGACGAUCAUCCACAACAUGACGAAAAUCAAAGGCAACGCGAUCGUGCAAGACCUCAAGACGAUCCCAACCCGCUCGGAGCUAUAUUCGUACGUGCUGCGCAUCCUGAAGAACAUUAACAAGGAUGGUUCGUCAACGAAUGCGGCCGCCGGUGGUGACGAUCCCGCAGGAGGUGCCAACGCCCACGGAUCUCGGCCAAGCACCGGACCGCAACACCACAACAACGCACUCAACAGUGAUAACAACAAUCAUGGGCCGCGCAGCAGCAUGAUCGGUGGCGAUGGAGACGGCAACCAUACGACCGGGACGGAGUACCAAAAGUAUAUCACCACCGAAGGAGCCGACGGUGGCACAGAGGGAGGCAAAGUAGGAGGCAUGCAAAACAAACAGAAUCCGGAAUUCUGGAUGGACCGACUGAAUCACUUGUUGAAAAAAUCGACUGUCGGCGGCGGACAACACCGUAGCAGCUUCGGGGCGGCCGGUUCGCAGCUAACGAUGGACGCCACCACAAUGAGCGGCACGCUGGCGGGCGCUGGGAUCGGAGGCGGUGUCGGCGGACCGGGCAUCACCGACGAGAACCUGAAUCUCAACCAGUUGCAGGCGAACAAGUUCCGGAUGGGACAUGACACCACGAUCACCGGGUCAUCGCUAGGCACCGGCACCACGUCCCAGCGGCGGGAGCUUUUGCAGCAAAAGCUGGAACAGCUGAAGCAGCAUAAGUGAAUACUUAUUGCAUGCAACAAAAAAAAAAAACACACACACACACACACAUACACGCCACAAGAGAAAUGAGUCUCGAUGAGCAAUUCGUUUGCCUACCGAUGAAGUUGAAACGCGUUCGGCCUCAUCCUCGUCCCGGGUUUUUCUUCAUCAUCGCCGUCGCCCGGCGUUUACUUUUGAAAGUUGAGUUAUUCAGCUCCGGCAUGGCAUUAUACAUCUCCGUCUCUCUCGGUCUCUCUAUCAGCGGUCUACUCCCUCCGCACUGCCCUUGCGUCAUGGAACGUCAACCGUGACGUGUGACGGUCGGCAGGCAGGGAAGGAAGGCGUCCGCGAGCCAAUCCAAAUACUCACUCAUGUAUUUCCCAUGCAUAACCACCAACUCUACUCGAUAGUAUACUACAACAUGAAGCCCAUAAAACGUGUUUACAAGCGUCCCUGCUACCUUAGCGCACAAUCGAAGAAGUGCGUCGGUGUCGUCAAAGAUACGCGAAGAUGUUUCCUCGAAUCGGAUUCGGUCUCGUUUUCCAGUUACGUUCACCUGUUUUGAUUUUAACCGACUGAUAUGAACCGUACAUAAUUUUAAACGUUCGUUAUCAAAACCCGUGUACCGCUUCCUCCCGCAGGACGUCAAUAUCAUUUGAAAUGUAAGUGUGUAAUGCGCGUCGAAGAAGGAAAUAGAAACCCAUUUUUAUCCAUCGUUCAUAAUGACAGGUUAAUGUUUAAGGAUGGUUACUCUA